AUCGCGCGCGUUUCUCUCCAAAGACGACUUUGUAACCGCUACCCAUUGCUUAGCAUCCUCCCGAUCCUUCCCAGUCUGUUCGAACGUGACGACCAUGGCGGACCCUUUGUCGCUUCUUCGACAGUACAACAUAAACAAGAAAGAGAUCAUAGAAAGGUCGGGUGAAAUCAUAUUUGACGAAUUCUCAUUUCCAAGAACAGCAAAGACGAACUAUGUUAUUUUCAAAUCCCAGCCUAAGGAAUACUACACUUUGGAGUCGCUGUUGUUUCUGCUGAAAAAUGUGCAUUUAUCUCAUCCAAUUUACGUCCAGCGGGCAGCGGGUACAAAGAUACCAGUGGUGAGAUUGCCUGACAGAAAGGGAUUACUCUGCUAUCUCAAUGGAGAGACAGAUAGUGCAAGUAGCAUUGACAAGAGUGUUCCAUUGGAAAUGCCUAACCAGCGCUCUGCUAUUGCUCAGGCACAAGCAAAAAGGCCAGGAGAUGACUCUGUGGGAGGAGAGAUCAAGAAACCACGAGUUGAGACGGAGCAGUUACGUCUGGACAAGAAAAGGUUGGAAGCUCGACUUGAAGGACACAAGGAGGGAACUGUCACCACAGAACAAAUCAGAUCUUUGAGUGAUGCUAUGUCUGUUGAGAAGAUUGCAGCCAUCAAGGCUAAGCGUUUGGCCAAGAAAAGGACCACCAUCAAAGUGGAUGAUGACUUGGAAUCUGGUGUUUUGGAACACAGAGUUUUUGUUGAUGCUGAAGUUGAUGUUACAAAAGAUAUUGUAAGUCGUGAACGACCUCUUCGCACACGCACAUCUGUUCUGCAGAGUUCCGGCAAGCAAUUUCUGAAGAAUGUGCUCGCCAUACUUCAAUCUGUAAAAGCACAAGAGGAAGGAAAAGUAAAACAGCUUCAAAAUCAAGAUCCCUUUACAAAUUCAGAAGCAAGAAAGAAGCCUGCAACUCCAGUGCCAUACAACAGAUAUGAUCAAGAACGAUUUAGGGGAAAAGAAGAAACUGAGGGCUUCAAAAUUGAUACAAUGGGAACAUACCAUGGCCUUAGUUUGGAAUCUGUGAAGGAAGGAGUUCAGAAACCCAAGAAAGUCUUUCCCAGUCCUUCUCCUCAUACACAGCCGAGCAAAGCCCCCAGGCCCAUUCCUCAAAAGCCAAAUCAUCCUCCAAAACGAGAAUCACGCACACCAAUCAUACUCAUUCCUGCUGGUACUACCUCACUCAUUACACUUUACAAUGCUCAGGAUUUGCUGCAGGACUACAAGUUCAUCAGUUCUGAUGAGAAAAAAGCUCAGGGUGGAAGGCGCGAAAACGAAGUACUCAUUCAGCGAAGGAAGGACAUUCAGCCGGCCCAGGCCGGUACAGGAGGAGCAUCGACCACAGUGACUGUACCUUACAGGGUGAUAGACAACCCAGCCCGUCUCCAACCCAACGACUGGAAUCGUGUUGUAGCAGUGUUUGUCCAGGGUCCAGCCUGGCAGUUCAAAGGUUGGCCUUACAGCUCCCCUGUCGACAUCUUCAUCAAAACUAAAGGUUUCUAUCUCAAGUACGACGAGAUGAAAACAGAUCCCAAUGUGCAGAAAUGGGACGUACAUAUCCUCACAAUCAGCCGAAAUAAACGACAUCUAGACAAAGCUUCCAUCAUCAGAUUCUGGGAAAUUCUUGAUAAGUUUAUGACCAAGAACAAACCACAUUUACGCUUCUAAACAUUGUAAACAAAUUCAUUGUAACUGGAAUUUCCAUGGCAGUGAGAAGCUAAUGAUAUCCUGUGUAUGGCAGACGGCUUUAUCGAUCAUGCAGCAAAGCUGUAAAGUUUUGUAAAGAAGCAGUAAUUCUGUGAAUUGAACAGUCAUUGGAACACUUUACCGCAGUUUUGUCCAGAUUUCCAUUACUUAGUAGAGUCGGUUUUUGAAAUCUUAUGAUCAUGCGGUUGUAUUUCAUAUAUCACUAUUACAGUGCCGUAUCCAGACCAUGAUAUUGGGAGGGGGGAGGGGAGGAGAGCGGUCAUCCAGACCAUUAGAAAAAGGGGGGUCUCCAAAAGUUUUCUUGGCUCUUUGAGCCUCAGUUUGGUCCAAAAAUAAGGGGGACUCAGGCCCCUCCCCUGGAUCCGUCACUGAUUAACUCCCAGCUUAGUGUAACUGUUGAGGAACUCGAAUAAUUCCGGCUUAAAUUUCUCUUCGAAGCAAUUUAUCAUACGAUAGUUAACAGUAUGGUAACUGGGAUUUAAAUAAGUUCAAAAGCGCUAGCAGCCAUCCCAGUGUAUUUUGGCUCAGUAAAAGUUCAACGUUCAUAACUUUAGGAGCUCUUUUGGGGAGAAUUUGAUUAUAAGAGAAGAAUUUGAUCCUGUAACUUUCAGUAAACUGGCAUGCUUAAUUGACUCGUGUUCUCUGAAGAUGAUUCGUGGUUUGCAAGGUGUUUGCAAUUUCACGACGUGGUAAAUAAGUCGCCCGGAAAUGGUCAGUUAAUUUAUUUAGUGUUGCGGCGGGUGUACAAGCGAAUAUUAAGAGCGUAUUACAGUCAUUGGCGAGAAUUUUCUUUUGUAAUUUCACUGGGUAUAUGCUGAGCGAACCUUCAUCGUUCCUAUGAAGAACAGAGACGAGGUUACGAUGAAAAGUAUUUUCGGUACGUUGUAAGUACUCUUAGAUAGUAAUAUGUUUACUCUAAAAUCAGGUAAAUAAACACCUCUUUCACCAUUCAACUGAGAGACCACUCCA